AUGUUAGCCUCUUCGCCCUCGCCCUCCGCCGCCCUGCGUCCGGCCUCGUCCUCCUCUCCGGCCGUCGCUCAUUCCUCCCAUUCGCAUUCGCAUUCCCAGUCUCAUUCCCUUUCUUUCCCUGCUCCUUCCUCGUCGCAACAACAGCAGGCUGUUCCGUCCACUCCACCGGCCGCUGCUCAUCUGGGCUAUUAUGACCCUGUCCGAUCGUCUGUACACACCAAUAAUCAACAGUUCAACAGCCCGCGUUCUUCCCGAGUGGCUAUCGAGGAACUCCGGUCAGCUUUGACCAGACAUACCGUUGAUUCUCCACCUCACGGGGGGCCCUCAGGGGAUCUCCCUCGCGGCCGCAUGUCCGCUGGGCUGACCUCCCUUGGGGGCGGAUUUCAUCCCACUGGAUCCCACUCCGGUGCAUCGAACAGCAACAAUACCAACAACAAUCAGAACCACAACAUCAAUAACAGCAGCGACAAUAACAAAUCCAAUAGUAGCAGCGGCGCCGGCGCCGGCGGCAACCCCUUAUCGAACCCAUCCGGUCGUCCCUCAGAUAUCACCACUAAUACCGGCAAUACUACUACUGCCUCCUCCAACAUCAACCCUCCGUCCUCCGCGAGUUCCGCCGCUCCUCCAAUCCCUGCUCCUUCUGCUCCAAUUCCGACAUCAGUGCCUCCUUCAAUGCCAGCCCGUACGAAUUCGGGAUCCAACAAGCGGAACAGUCGAGAUGAUCAUAUGACCGAUGCUGGACUGGCGGGACCAGAAGGUUCCGACCUUGAAGUUUCCCAGUCGAAGCGGCUUCGGUCGUCGAAGCCUGCUGGCAAAGUCCUGCCUCGGGACUACGAACAGGCGGAUCCACGGGAUAUUGUCAUAUUGAUCUCGAGCAUGCUGAUGGAAUUGAUUCGUUUCAACGACAAGAUUCCACUACAUCAAGGGAGGCUGACCCGAUUCCACUCGCGGUCGCCGCCCCGGAUCUCGGUUCUCGACUACCUUCAACGACUUACGACCCAUGCCACGCUUUCACCGCCCAUCCUCCUGAGUAUGGUAUACUACAUUGACCGGCUUUGCGCUCUUUAUCCCGCAUUUACUGUAUCCAGUCUGACAAUCCAUCGCUUUCUCAUUGCCAGUGCCACCGUGGCCAGCAAGGGAUUGAGUGACAGUUUCUGGACAAACAAAACUUAUGCAAGAGUCGGAGGAAUCAGUUUGACGGAGCUGGCUCUCCUUGAGUUGGAGUUUCUCUUCCGGGUUGAAUGGAGGAUUGUUCCUCAACCCGAAGUCCUCGUGGAUUACUAUCAGAGUCUAGUCGAACGCUGCGAUGGAUACGAGAUCCAGCGCGGUUGA